AUGGAUGGACAGGACUGGAGCAGGCCGUCGUUUCAAGUUUUCUCACCUGGAGUUAAGAUGGUGAGCGUGGGGGUAGGUACAGGGUCAGGCUGGGUGAGAAAAUCCAGCCCAGGAUCCGGAACUUACAUAGAGACAGAUGAGGCUGUCUUGCGAAGAAGGCAAAAGCAGAUAGAUUAUGGGAAAAAUACUAUUGGUUACCAGCACUUUGUCCAACAGGUUCCCAAGUUGGCUCGUCAGUCAGGUAUCCAUCCCUGUACUCCAAAUAAAUAUAAGAAGUACAGUCGCCGCUCAUGGGACAUGCAGAUCAAGCUUUGGCGAAGGGCACUUCAUGGUUGGGAUCCACUUGGACAUGAGAGGGAAGAAUUGCAGGCCUAG